AUGUCAGUAUUGAAUAAUCCACUUUAUCGUCCUUUAUUAGAAGUGCUUAGAUCAGCUCGAAAUGGGGUUGUUUAUGGAGGUAAGAUUCGAUUUCUGCAUGCCUUGGUUAUAAAUUUAUUAUAUAAAUCAGGACCAAUAUUACCUCGAUUAAAGCAAGUACUAUCAGCAACUAAGAAUCAUGCUGAAGUUUUAGCAUCAUUUGCUAUUAUUUAUAAAUUGGCUAUUGUUAUAUUAUCUCAUGAAUUAUUUUUAGGAUCAUCUAAAUUAAAAUUAGCUAAAUUUUUUGGUGGAGCUAUUGGAGCUUGGGUAGUUUAUAGUCAACAUUUUUCAUAUUUUAAUUCAGGUAUAACUCAUCAAAUUACAUUAUAUUGUUUUUCAAGAGUUUUAAUAGCAGUUGGUAAAAUAUUAGUUGAUCAAUAUUUACAAUCUGCUCAACCAAAAUUUAGAACUGUUGGAGGUAAUAUUUUAGUAUUUGAUGAAUUAACGAAUAAACAACAACAUAAAUUGAAAACAAGUAUUUAUAAUAAAUCUUGGAAAUAUUUUGCUGUAUUAACUUGGGCUUUGGUUAUGUUUAUUUAUGAUUAUCAACCUCAAUAUUUACAAAGUUCAUUAAGACAUAGUAUGGCAUAUAUCUAUGAUGUUGAGUAUGAUAGUUGGAGUACAUGGAGAGAAUUCUUAGGUGUAUAG